UCCCAUUCCUAACCCGACCGUAAAGAAAUCGAUCGUCGAUCUUCGUCUCUCCCGAGGAAAGCAAGUCUCUCUCUCUGCAAGGUAGUGGGGCUUUGUGGUGAAGCGCUGCGAUUUGAGUUCCCAGGCAACAAUCAACAUGCAGGCAUCAAGGGCAAGGCUUUUCAAGGAAUACAAAGAGGUGCAGCGUGAGAAAGUUGCUGAUCCAGAUAUUCAAUUAGUUUGUGAUGACACAAACAUAUUUAAAUGGACUGCUCUCAUCAAGGGUCCAUCAGAGACCCCAUUUGAGGGCGGUAUAUUCCAGCUUGCUUUUGCGGUUCCUGAGCAGUAUCCUUUGCAACCUCCACAAGUCAGGUUCUUAACAAAAAUAUUCCAUCCAAAUGUGCAUUUCAAGACAGGAGAGAUUUGCCUUGAUAUUUUGAAGAAUGCAUGGAGCCCUGCUUGGACACUCCAAUCUGUUUGUAGGGCUAUAAUCGCUUUAAUGGCACAUCCAGAACCUGAUAGCCCACUGAACUGUGAUUCAGGCAAUCUUCUGCGUUCUGGCGACUUCCGAGGGUACAAUUCCAUGGCCAGAAUGUACACCAGGCUAGCCGCCAUGCCGAAGAAAGGCUGACGACGCUGGGUGCGCUGUAGUUUUUUGUCCUUCAAUUUUAGGAGCAGCUUGUAUGUGAUUGUAUUGCCUAAUUUUAUGCACGAAGUUGCACAUAAUGUACAACCUCGGCACAUGUUAGCUUGGAGGUUUUUAUACAUCAUGAUUUGAUUGUGAAUUUGUGAUCGACGAAACCGAAAACUAGUCGUUUAAGAAUGCUGUUGUAAUAAUAGUCCGUACUACCAAAAGAUUUUUCCGAAA